ACAUUUACACCCUAUCAUAACAGAACCGACUGUCAAUUCCAAAAUCAACAAUGACGGCCGCCUUGUUGAGAUCGGCUCUGCGGAGGAGCGCCGCAGCGUCGUACAUGUCGAUCCGUGCCUUCGCUUCGCCGCCGGGCCAGCAGCGGAAGGUAGCGAUUUUGGGCGCCGCCGGCGGGAUCGGUCAGCCGCUAUCUCUUCUAAUGAAGCUGAAUCCGAUGGUUUCGCACCUCUCGCUCUAUGAUAUCGCCGGAACGCCUGGUGUAGCCGCUGAUGUUAGCCACAUCAAUACCAGAUCCGAGGUGAAAGGAUAUGCGGGUGAGGAUCAGCUAGGGGCAGCUUUGGAGGGUUCAGAUUUGGUCAUCAUUCCAGCUGGUGUACCGAGAAAGCCUGGCAUGACCCGUGAUGACCUCUUCGAGAUCAAUGCGGGCAUUGUCAAAUCUCUUUCUGAGGCAAUUGCCAAAUAUUGCCCCAAUGCUCUGGUCAAUAUGAUCAGCAACCCCGUGAAUUCGACUGUACCAAUUGCUGCCGAAGUCUUCAAGUCCAAGGGAGUAUAUGAUGAGAGGAGACUCUUUGGUGUAACAACUCUUGAUGUUGUUAGAGCCAGAACAUUCUAUGCUGGCAAGGCCAAUGUCAACGUUGCUGAUGUCGACGUACCUGUUAUUGGUGGACAUGCUGGAAUUACUAUUCUCCCCUUGUUUUCACAAGCCACACCUUCAGCAAAUCUGUCAGCUGAUGAAAUUACUGCUCUUACUAAGAGAACACAAGAUGGUGGGACUGAAGUUGUUGAAGCCAAGGCUGGGAAGGGAUCGGCUACACUUUCAAUGGCAUAUGCAGGGGCCUUAUUUGCUGACGCUUGCUUGAAAGGUCUUAAUGGGGUCCCAAAUGUUGUGGAAUGUGCAUUCGUGCAGUCCACUGUGACUGAGCUACCUUUCUUCGCCUCCAAGGUGAAACUAGGGAAGAAUGGUGUUGAGGAAGUCUUGGGAUUCGGUUCUCUGUCUGAUUAUGAGAAACAAGGAUUGGAAGCUCUCAAGACUGAGUUGAAAAGCUCAAUUGAGAAAGGAGUCAAAUGGCAUGCCAAUUCCAAAAAUCCCAAAAUCAACAGUGUCUAUGAACCUAUAAAGCCUACCUUCCGACCAUUAUCCCCCCAUCUUCCCAUCUAUAAGCCUCAGACGAGCUCUACAGUCUCCAUCACUAACAGAGUAAGUGCUGUCAUCCUAACCGCUGUCCCUUUAUCUUAUGCUUUCCUUACUCUGAAAGUGGGACCAAUGUGUUUGGCCAAUGAGAGCGUCUACCAAGCCAUGUAUUAUUCGGCAAAGCUCGGGCCAAUCGCCCUCCAGGUUACUGCCAUAGCCACAGUCUACCAUUUAGUACACGGGCUUCAUGAUUUGUAUCAGAUGUUUCGCCCCUAAACAGUCGAACUAGCUGCUGGUUGGUCUGCAUUCGAUUUGCAGGAGAGUUUUUGGCAUUAAUGCUAAUAAAUCCGCUGGGCAAUUGCUGUUUUUAAGUCGGGUUCGAUAAAAGCAGGAUGUUGUUCGUAGUGUCAACAGUUAGAAUUCUGCUCAGUUUCUCUACAUGUUACAUAAACAAUUAUCAAAGUGCAGAUAAGGAAAUGAAUAGUGUAUGCUCAUUUUCUUUA